AUGGAGUAGAAAGAGAAGAAGGGAAAAAAAUAAUAAGAUUCCACAGUGGACAAAUUGAAAUGCAUUUCAGAAAUAGUUGCCGAAUUGAUUAAAUAGUAUGAUAGCAAUUAGAAAAUUAAUUUAUCACAAAUAAAAGCAGAGUUUUCAAAAAAGAAUAAGAUCUCAGGAGCACCUAAGAUAGUUGAAAUCUUAUCAGCCAUUCCAGAUGACUAUAAGGAUAAAUUGAUACCAAUUUUGAAGGCAAAACCAGUGAGAACAGCAUCUGGUAUAGCAGUGGUUGCUGUUAUGGCCAAACCUCAUAGAUGUCCACAUAUAGCUGUUACAGGAAACAUUUGCAUUUAUUGUCCAGGAGGACCUGACAGUGAUUUUGAAUAUUCUACUUAAAGUUAUACAGGAUAUGAACCUACAAGUAUGAGAGCAAUUAGAGCAAGAUAUAAUCCAUAUAUUCAAGCAAGAGAUAGAAUAGCUUAAUUAAAAUAAUUGGGUCAUGAUUGUGACAAGGUGGAAUACAUUAUAAUGGGUGGAACAUUCAUGUCCUUGGAUUAAGAAUACAGAGAUUAUUUUAUUAGAAAUUUGCAUGAUGCAUUAAGUGGCCAUCGUUCAUAAACAGUCAAAGAAUCAGUCCAAUUCUCUGAGGAGAGUAGAUCUAAGUGUAUAGGUAUAACCAUAGAAACACGACCUGAUUUUUGUUAGAAAAGUCAUUUGAGUGAUAUGUUAUUAUAUGGAUGUACUCGUAUUGAAGUUGGUGUUCAAUCAAUUUAUGAAGAUAUUGCAAGAGAUACUAAUAGAGGACAUACAGUUGAAUCUGUAAAGAAAUGUUUUGCAAUGAGUAAAGAUAGUGGAUACAAAGUGGUUACACAUAUGAUGCCUGAUUUACCUAAUAUGGGAGUAGAAAGAGAUUUAGAGAGUUUUAAAGAGUUCUUUGAAAAUCCUGAUUUCAGACCUGAUGGAUUAAAAAUUUAUCCAACUCUUGUUAUUAGAGGUACUGGAUUGUAUGAAUUAUGGAAAAAUGGAUAAUACAGAAACUAUCCUCCUGAUUUCUUAGUUGAUGUUGUCGCUAAAAUAUUGGCAUUGGUACCACCUUGGACUAGAGUCUAUAGAAUAUAGAGAGAUAUUCCGAUGCCUUUAGUGACAUCAGGAGUAGACAAUGGCAAUUUAAGAGAGUUAUCAUUACAAAGGAUGAGAGACUUAAAUGUUGCCUGUAGAGAUGUUAGAACAAGGGAAGUUGGAAUCAAAGAAGUUCAUCACAAAAUUAAACCAGAAUAGGUUGAAUUAAUUAGAAGAGACUAUACUGCUAAUGAUGGAUGGGAAACAUUCUUAUCUUACGAAGAUCCUUCUUAAGAUAUUUUAAUAGGGUUGUUGAGACUCAGAAGAUUGGAUAAACACACUUUCAGAAAAGAAUUAACUCAGGAACCAACUUCCAUGGUUAGAGAAUUGCAUGUCUAUGGUUCAGUGGUCCCUAUUCAUUCAAGAGAUCCUUCUAAAUUCUAACAUCAAGGAUAUGGUACAUUGCUUAUGGAAGAAGCAGAGAAAAUUGCAAGAGAAGAACAUGGAAGUACUAAAAUGGCAGUCAUUGCUGGAAUCGGAACUAGACAUUAUUAUCGUAAAUUAGGAUAUCAUUCUGAAGGAGUCUAUAUGGUAAAAAAAUUAGUAUGA